AAACUGUAGGCUAAAUGCACCCACCUCGAUGACAGUAUUGACCCACCUCCGCUCUCCAGACGAACUUCCCACUUCGAUCAAAACGUCACGACAACGUGAGCUGCAUUUAACUGGAUUUCAGGAGAACGGAAUCGUGGCUCAGGACCUGAUUCCCAUAUCAUCUGUCUGGCAUCCUGUGGGCUCGUUUCCCUGCCACUCAGCAGCCAUGUCCCUGGGGCGACCAUUGCAACUCAUGCGCUCGCUGAGGAAAUCGCCCGCCCUUUUCCAUCACCGCUUUCGCCAUGAUCGCGCCCAGUCGCUGUCUCAUGGCGACCCACUCUUCAAGGUGCACUAUCUGGGCACAGAGAAAAUCUACUCCCUGGACAUGGAGCAGGCCGAGGUCGCCAUCUCCCAUUUGUUGGAGCGAUCUCCGGCUCCGGAGAAGCUGGGCAAGGAGCACGCCUUGGUCGUGCGGCCACGUUACAUCGAGGUGAAAGAGAUCAGCACCGGACGACAGCUCACCAAGACUUACCUCCGAGACAUCGCUUACUGUGCGGCGGACGCAGAGCGGCCAAAUGUGUUCCUCUACAUAUGCAAACAGCAGGGUCAGCAGCUCCAAUGCCGAGUGUUUUGGUGCAGCCGGCCAGAGAAGGUCAAGGACAUGACAAAUUGUCUGGCGCGAUCCUUUCAGAGCGCACUGAGUGACUUGCAGGAGAGUGGCAGUAAUCGCACGCAAGGAGAGGACUUGAUGAAAGAGGGGCGACCUCUCUUGACUAAUGGCAAGGCCAAAAGCUGCACAAUGCCACGAGACCUGAGGAAAGGUCGCUCCACAAGGACUUUGAGUUCUCGCAGUCCGCUGAGAGAGAUGAUGAGGAGGACAAGUAUCAGUGACUGAGGGCACUUCAGAAGGCCUCCAACAGCCAAACCAAACAGGACAACCACUCAUUACUGCCAAGACUUUCUGCUCCCUGUUAGUUGUCUGUAUCUAGCAGUCCCUGUUCUAAAUAUGAGGGGACAUCACACUAAGGGUUGGUCCUGGCUAACGCUGUGCAUUAACAGCCAAUCUCCUACACACUGACUGAAGAGAUUGGGUCCUUCUCUGACCAAAGCACAAAGAGUUUGUGCAGUUGACCUUUUCAGUGCAGCCAGAUGUGGAUCAAACUUCUCUUAAUCCCUCUCAGUUGGAGCGUGUUCCUGUCUGAUUUAGAAUCAGAACUAGAUUAGAACUUAUUCUGAUUGGAAAUGUGUUCACCCUUUUUCAUAAUUAUAAAUUAAAACUUAAAAAAAAAAAUGCUCUGAAACUUCCAGUUACAUGUUUAACACCACUUGUUUGUGAGGUUGGCUCUCAACAGGUUGGAACAGCACUAGUUUUGAUGCAACAUCAAAAAUAUUUCUAUGAGCCUCACUACAUGCCCUUUACCUCAAAGGGGGAAGAAAACAGAAUGUUCUCUAGAGGCAUGGAAUGAAAAUGGUGAAAUGUUGACUACAGAAACAUGGUGUUACAUUUUUUAUUUUAAUUGCAAAUGUUGCAAAAUGCAUGUAGUCAGAAUGUUCUUUCAAGAAACUUCACAACUUCCCUCAAGAAUUCUCAGUUAUUGUUAACAGUGUUCUUUUCAGAAAGUUUUUACAUAGCUUUGUUUUAUGCAAUUCUUACAAUUCUGUGUGAUAUUUUUAUGUUGCCCUGAAUAAAUGUAAAAGCAAGGCAUAGUGAA